AUGUCCGACAGCUCAAAGGCGCCUAGGAUCGCGAUCAGCUUCGGCGGCUCGUCAGCCUCGAAAUCCCAAAACAACAAGAAAUCCUCACGACCAGAGCCUCCGUCAUCACUGGGCAAGAGAUCGCGUACGAACGCGCUGAACCACGGCUUCGACUCGGAUUCGGACGGCGAGCGCGACCACCGCGGGCGGCACGAGGCCAUCACAGAGUUCGGCGGCGAGAGGGAGAAGAAGGAGAAGAGGCCUCGCGAGUUGGUCAUCAAGAGCCAGAGCAACCGUAACUGGAAGGACGAGCUGCGCGGGCGAAGAGGCGGGAAGAAUCUGCUGCCAGCCGAGGCGCAAGCACAGCGUGAAAGCAAGCAGGAUGCUGAGACGGAACCGGCAGAUGCGGACAAGGAGAUACAAUGGGGCCUGACCGUCAAGAAGCGCAAGACCAGCGAGGAGGCGACUGAGAACGAUUCUCGACGGCGCGAGGAAGACGACAGGCGGUCUGAGGAGGCGCAAGUCAAACAGGCCCCGAGAACAGCAGACGACGAUGCAAUGGACGCUCUUCUGGGGAAGAAGCGGCCCGAGGAGGAGAUGGUCAUUGAGGCGACCGAGGAAGACGCAUACCUCGCUGAUCUGAAACAUGUGGGCGAGGAUUCGACGCUCGCAGACUACGAUGCGAUUCCCGACGGAGAGUUUGGCGCGGCACUGCUGCGCGGCAUGGGAUGGGAUGGCAAAAUGCGUGGCCCAAAUAAGAAGAGGCCGACGGAGAGGCGCCAGAAUCAGCUCGGCCUCGGCGCGAAGAAGCUAGAAGGCGCGGAGGAUCUGGGCCAGUGGAACCACGGCGGGAAGAAGAAGAGUGGCCGGCCGAGACUGGACGAGUACCGUCGAGACGAGGAGAAGCGACGUACCGAGCGCAAGGAGCGGAGGGGAGAGAGCUACAGGGACGAGCGAGACCGGGACAGAGAAAGGGAUCGCGAGGACAGAGAUCGUUACUCGCAUCGGGACAGAGACCGGGAGAGGGAUAGGGAUCGUGAUUAUCACAGUCACAGGCAUCGCGACUCCAGGCGGUGA